ACGUGUAAAAAAAACACCGGAAAAAACCUUAACAGCUUUGCAACAAUGUUGCCUGUUCAAAAGACAAAACUUCGGUACAGGUUUUACUAAUGUAAUGGAAAGCGAAAACCAAUUUACAGAGACAGAUACACCUCGUCAGCAGUGGAAAAGUUGCAAAUUAAUCAUUGACCCUGCCUUAACUAAAGGACUAUACAAAGUGUGUCGCUUUGAUGGACAAUAUUUUAACAUACCCGUUGAGGAUUUAGGUCUGUUUCCGGUGGACACCGUCAGAGAUCCCAGAGUCUGCCGCCUGUGGAGUAAAUACAACAAGACUGAUCUAUUGGUUCCUAAAUAUAAGAUUGAUGAGUGGUACGUUGGGCCUGUACCUCCCAAGGAAGUGACAUUUUGCAGGUUAAAUGAUAAUGUGAGGGAAACAUUCCUCACAAAUAUGUGCCAGAAAUAUGGUAAAGUCGAAGAAGUGGAAAUAUUUUACCACCCGAAGAACAAGAAGCAUCUGGGCGUUGCGAAGGUCGUCUUUGACACGGUGAGAGCUGCAAAGAACGCUGUGCGGCACCUUCAUCAGACAUCUGUGAUGGGAAACAUCAUACAUGUGGAAAUCGACCCUAAAGGUGAGAAAAGGACGAGAUAUCUCCAGCUGCUGUUUAACGGUCCAUAUACUCCCUGGACGCUGCCAGUGGGAAGCAGUGAGCGCGCCCUGCAGAGCUUAGUCGACGCCCUGCUGACCAGCACAGCUGCUCAGCAGUCAGGAAACGCCUCCAGCCCUGCCAGCAUUGCCACACCCCUCUCCCUGGACACAGCCUACUCCAGCAUUUGGGGGGACACUCCUUGCAGCCUGGGCCUAACGCCACAAUCUCAGGGAACCCCCCGCACUCCCUGCCUGUCUGUGACUCCUCUCUCCCAGGACUCCUGCUACUCCAGCCUUCAGGCGACUCCGGUCCUCCAGGGAGAGCCUUCCAGCUAUAGUCUUCAUAAACAUUUAAGACGAGCGCUUUGCCGUUCCAGACCCGCGAGGCAUCACAGGGGAUCUCGUCCGCCUUCAAAUGUCAGCCUUCUGUUUAAGAGUAGCCAGCCGCAGCCUCUGAACCCACCCUCGAAUCAGAAGCAGCUCGCAGUGUGGCGUGACGAAGUGAAGUGCUCUGCCUACAAGGAGCCCCCCUGCAGUCCUGCCUCCGGUCUUCAGCAGUCAGAACUCUCGGGUAGCUCUUCUUCUGUGAUUUUCUCGCACAACGCUGUCAGCAUCCAGAGCAUUCAUUUCACAGCUGACAGUCAAACUGCAGUAAACUUCCCACACAGAAAGCAGCAACCCGCAGUGGAGAGUUUGGACUCCCGCAUUGAAAGUUUGCUGAUAAACAGUCAGAUUUCCGAUGCUUUAUUCUUGGAUAGGAACAUUUCAAAGGCUGAUGAACCCUUUCCAGACAGCCCUGCAUCCGGUCGUUGCUCUCCUAAGUGUGCUUCCUCGGAGGAUUUUCUUUUUUGCUCUCUGUCGCCUAAUGACUCCUCUACCAGCAGCUGCCGUCGCCCCUGCCACGAUGCGGGGAAUAUCAGUCCAUCGGCGCUUGAAAACGAAGAGGAUGAAACCAAUCGAGCUGUUUUGUUUCUGGAAGCAAACUCCCAGUCUCCCUCUCCCUCUGAGGUUGAACCUUCGGAAAGCAGAGUUCAUGUAGACACUGAAACAUCUCCAUGGAUUUCAUCCUCAGAGGAACAUUGUGCUGUACAUAAAGAUAUACAUCUUCCCCGUACAUUCCAAUCUGGAUCUCUGCCACCAGCAAAAGACACAUCCUCAUUCCCUAAAUCUCCCUCUGCAGCUUCUAAUCCCACUUCACGCAGUCUCCCCAUAGCUCCUCCUCCAGUUUCAGUCGGAUGUUCACAUCCUCCACAAGCCUCUUUCCCUGUCCCUCCCUUCCCUCCACCUCUCCCUCCUGUCCCUCCUCGCCUACCGAAUGGCACCAUCCCUAUCCCACCUCCAGGCUGGAUCCCACCUCAGUGCAUCCCCAUCCCACCUCCUCCUACCCAACCUCCUCCUUCCAUUGCUCCUCCCCCGCCAACCUUUCUGGUUCCUCCUCCACCUUUACCUGGACCGCUACCUGUUCCACCUCUUUUGCCUAUAUACCCUGUACCUGUGCAGCCCGCAGCACCACUACCUCCAAGGCUCGGGGGCGCACCACCUUUCCCGUUCCCUCGACCUCCCUGGUUCGCCCCGCCGUUUCCCUCUUUUAACCCCUUCGUGCCACCACCAAACUACAGUCCUGCACAGGAACACCGCCAUAAGAUAACAGUGGAGAAGGUUUUAGACAUUCUCAUGGAUGAGCUGAAAUCCAUCAUCAGGAAAGACAUCACUCGGCGAACGAUUGAAGGAGUGGCUUUUAGGGCGUUUGAGGCAUGGUGGGACUGUCAAGAGAAGAAAAAGGUCCAAGUUUCUCCCGUGAAAAGUGGAGCACCAGGCGUCAUGAAUCUCCUCAGCCACAUUAGUGAGAAGGGCAAGAAACCUCCUCUGCCUUCAUUCAGGGUAAAAAGAAAACGAUCAGAGGAAACAGAAAACGAGUCCAGUUCUGCCCAGAAAGCUUUAAAGCUGCACCAGGAGGAUGACGAUGUGGAGAAAUCAAACGCAGCCAAACGGAGACAUGCCAGACCUCUGGAGCUGGACAGCGAUGAUGAAGAGAAGGAAGGAGACAAUACGCAUAACGAUAACCACCAGAUGUCAGACCAAGUAGAGGCUAUUAUCCCAGUUCUUAUGUCUGACAGAGAUUAUGAAUAUGAUGUUGGUCAGCGAUGUGAAAAAAGGACAUCAGCACAGAAAAGGUUUGAAGAUGAAGAUGCUGUUGUCUGCCGAACGAGUACCGAGGGACGCCGCCUUGGAAGAGAGAGAUUAUCGGAGAGCAGCGCCUCGGAAGAAAGCGAUUACUCGUCGGAGUCCUCAGAGAGCUUCGAUGACUCGUCUUCCAACCUCAGUUCACAACAUGAUGAGGAGGAAGAGGAGGAUGACAGGAGUGAUGACAAAUGCAUUGUGAUAUCUUCUGAUGAAGAGUCGGUGGAGCUGGAGCUCAUUGUGACUCCCACUGCUCCUCUAACACCUGGAGCGCAGCUGGAGCUGGACUUGGAGGACUGGUUAGAGUCACGGCGUAGGGAUCAGAUGGAGCAGAACUGUACAGCCGGCCUCCAAGAGAGCAGCGAUGUGGACUCCAUGGUGGAGCUGCAGCACUGUGAGCAUUCAGACUCAGAGCUCAUCUUACCUAUUGGACUUGAAGCGGAGCCAGGUCUCUGUGUGCACUCAAGACGCCGUGCCUGCACUCCAGAGUCUGUGGAGGGCAUAGGCGACCUGAGGCCUCUCACUCCCACUGGCAGCUUGGUGGACAGUGACCCUGACAAUCUGAUCAAAAGCAAACCGGCGUCUCCAGCACCUCUGGAUGAAAUGGAGAGCCCACCCACACCAGGCAAGGGGAUCGCUGCCGAACUGAUCGAUUUGGACUCGGAUGAAGCCAGUGAAGUCAUGUCUCUCUCCCCAGCAAGUAGUGAUGUUCUUCUAGCUUCUUCCCAUUUCCCACCUGCCUCCUACCCGUCGUACGAGGAGAAGCCUAAAACUCCUGGGAGGGAGGAAAGCGGUGGAUGGACUUACAGCAGUAUGUCAACAAUUGGUCAAACGACAGCAACUUUCGAGGGGAACACAGUUUUUUCACCUCUCUGCAGCCCUCCAGACGUUCUACCACUGUCGAGCAAUCCAUAUAUCACUCCCCCAAAAACUCCUGGACGGGACAUCUUCUUACCUAGAAGAGACAUCGUCCACAGGAGGAAGACACAAAUGUCUCUUCCUUUGUUACGUGACAGCCUUCUUUGUGUUUCUCCCUUCCCUAUAUCCUCUCCAUCCAGUCUUUCUGAAUCUUCGUUUGACUCUGCCGAUGGAAACCGUGUACGCAUGGGCUCAGGUGUGAGAACAAAACCCUUGCGGGGACUGGAGAAUAUGCCGGGGCUUUAUAAUGACGUCAAACCCUCAUCGAGGCAAAAACUGUUGAGGAGGCUGAGGCGCAGAAAGAGGGCCCGCCUUCGUCAAAGAUUGUUUAAUGGAAUAAAUUGGUGGUGUCAGCAUCAUCGCCUCAGGAGACGUUCACAGUGUGAGGAGUAUAAUAUCCUGCAUAACAUCUGUAGGGACGGUUUGGACGAAGAGGAUGCCAGACAUCUGCUGAGUACCUAUGAAAGGCUGCAGAAGCAGGAUAACAGUCCUGGGUGGCUCAGUGACACUUUCUGGAUUCCUCAUCCUCUGACUAAGGUCCCAACGGAGAGCAGCGAGGAAAGCCAGGGGCAGCCGGUCCACAGGACGGGCUGCGCUCGCAGUGAAGGUUUCUACAGAAUCAGCAGGAAGGACAAGAUAAAAUAUCUCCUGGACACCAAGCCUCCUGCUGACCUUCACUCUGCACUGGAUCAGGGUUUAUGCAUUCCCGUCCAGCAACCCACUUCACUGCGAUCUGGAUCCGACUUCAGGUCUGAACAGCGCCGCCUGCUGUCCUCUUUCAGCUGCUAUAGCGACCUGGUUAAGUUCAACCAGCUGAAGUUUCGAAAGAAGAGGAUUCGUUUCAGUCGGAGUUUAAUCCAUGAGUGGGGCCUGUUCGCCAUGGAGCCCAUAGCAGCAGACGAGAUGGUGAUUGAAUAUGUGGGGCAGCUCAUCAGACAGGUCAUUGCAGACAUGAGGGAGCAGAGAUAUGAGGAGGAAGGCAUCGGAAGCAGCUAUUUGUUCCGCGUUGACCAGGACGCCAUCAUUGAUGCUACCAAAUGUGGAAACUUAGCCAGGUUUAUCAACCACAGCUGUAAUCCUAACUGUUAUGCAAAGAUCAUCACAGUGGAGUCUCAGAAGAAGAUCGUGAUUUACUCCAGGCAGCCGAUUAGCGUCAAUGAAGAAAUUACGUAUGACUACAAGUUUCCCAUUGAAGACACAAAGAUUCCCUGUCUUUGUGGAGCUGAUAGCUGCAGAGGAUCCUUGAACUGACCUCUAAUUAACUCUCCUUAUUAUGCAAAAAUCUCUGGGGUCCUGAAGUGCUCUCACUGGAUCAUAGCUGCUGUUUACAACUGCACAGUUGCUAAAAUCUCUGCAGACAGGUUGAUUAUGCACAGUAAAGGCUUUUAAACUUGAUGAAAGGAAUGAAAAAAAGUAUUUGGAGCAUUAGUUUAUCUCUGUAUGCUCUGAAACAAUCAGCUGAAUAAACGACCAUGUGUAAAAUCUGGUAAAAUACGUUUUAUGUAUUUUUGUUUUUUGCUAUUAUGUGUGCCUUAAAAAUGUACAAACUGAUGUAUUUUUGGCUCUUGAUAUGCCACGUGAUUUUGUACACGUUAAUAUAUAUUAAAUAAACAAAGUCAAUCACG